AUGCUGAUCACAUCAUUGGGAUUGCUUUUCCUUUUGGCCGGCCAGGCCUGUAGCCAGACCUUCACUAUUCCCCUCUCACCGGGAGGCCUUGUUUCGGCCCUAACCGGAGGCGGUGGCUCUCGUCCCAGCUCCCCCUCGAGCAGCAGCAAUAGCAACAAUAAUGCUCAAGCCACUCGAGACUAUUACGACUAUUACAGCCAAUUGCAACAGUUCUACGAAGCCCAGGCAGCGUAUAACCAGUACGUUCAGUACCAACAGUACGUUCAGUACAUAGCUUACCUUUACGGCCCAUAUGGACCCUAUGGCCAAAAUGGCAACUUUGGACCUGGACCCAAUCCGCCAACGACUACACCAGCGCCGGUUACAACAUCUCCAGCGAUUCCAACGACAACCGAUAGUGGAACUUCAACUUCGAAUGCCAUUCCCGGAACCUCUACCACUCCAUCGACCACGAUGUCUACGCCAACCACUGUAGAUGCAGUUAAUCCACCAUCAACAGCUUCACCGCCCACCACAGUGGAUGCAUCCAACAACAUCACCUGCUAUUCCGAGCUCAACUGGAGCUCCAACUACAUCAACAGCACUUCCAACCACAACGGACGCUCCAAGCACAUUAUCUACCGAGAAUCCAAUUUGUACAGUUUUCCCUCAGCUUCCAGUUUGUCAAACGACAACAGAAGGUCCAACUUCUACGACGGCAGCUCCAACAUCAACAACAGCAAGUCCAUUAACAUCUUCGACAACAGAAUCUUCAUCCUCGACUACGGAUGUAACAACAUCUACAGCGAUACCGACUUCUACGACUGCAGCUUCAACAUCAACAACAGCAAGUCCACUAACAUCUUCGACAACAGAAUCUUCAUCCCCAACUACGGAUGUAACAACAUCUACAGCGAUACCGACUUCUACGACUUCAGCUUCAACAUCAACAACAGCAAGUCCAUUAACAUCUCCGACAACAGAAGCAAUAUCAUCGUCCUCGACUACGGAUGUAACAACAUCUACAGCGAUACCAACUUCUACGACGGCAGCUUCAACAUCAACAACAGCAAGUCCAUUAACUUCUUCGACAACAGAAUCUUCAUCGUCGACUACGGAUGUAACAUCUACAGCGAUACCGACUUCUACGACGGCAGCUUCAACAUCAACAACAGCAAGUCCAUUAACAUCUUCGACAACAGAAUCUUCAUCCUCGACUACGGAUGUAACAACAUCUACAGCGAUACCGACUUCUACGUCGGCAGCUUCAACAUCAACAACAGCAAGUCCAUUAACAUCUUCGACAACAGAAUCUUCAUCCUCGACUACGGAUGUAACAACAUCUACAGCGAUACCGACUUCUACGACGGCAGCUUCAAUAUCAACAACAGCAAGUCCACUAACAUCUUCGACAACAGAAUCUUCAUCCUCGACUACGGAUGUAACAACAUCUACAGCGAUACCGACUUCUACGUCGGCAGCUUCAACAUCAACAACAGCAAGUCCAUUAACAUCUUCGACAACAGAAUCUUCAUCCUCGACUACGGAUGUAACAACAUCUACAGCGAUACCGACUUCUACGUCGGCAGCUUCAACAUCAACAACAGCAAGUCCAUUAACAUCUUCGACAACAGAAUCUUCAUCCUCGACUACGGAUGUAACAACAUCUACAGCGAUACCGACUUCUACGUCGGCAGCUUCAACAUCAACAACAGCAAGUCCAUUAACAUCUUCGACAACAGAAUCUUCAUCCUCGACUACGGAUGUAACAACAUCUACAGCGAUACCGACUUCUACGUCGGCAGCUUCAACAUCAACAACAGCAAGUCCAUUAACAUCUUCGACAACAGAAUCUUCAUCCUCGACUACGGAUGUAACAACAUCUACAGCGAUACCGACUUCUACUCCAUUAACAUCUUCGACAACAGAAUCUUCAUCCUCGACUACGGAUGUAACAACAUCUACAGCGAUACCGACUUCUACGUCGGCAGCUUCAACAUCAACAACAGCAAGUCCAUUAACAUCUUCGACAACAGAAUCUUCAUCCUCGACUACGGAUGUAACAACAUCUACAGCGAUACCGACUUCUACGACGGCAGCUUCAACAUCAACAACAGCAAGUCCAUUAACAUCUUCGACAACAGAAUCUUCAUCCUCGACUACGGAUGUAACAACAUCUACAGCGAUACCGACUUCUACGUCGGCAGCUUCAACAUCAACAACAGCAAGUCCAUUAACAUCUUCGACAACAGAAUCUUCAUCCUCGACUACGGAUGUAACAACAUCUACAGCGAUACCGACUUCUACGUCGGCAGCUUCAACAUCAACAACAGCAAGUCCAUUAACAUCUUCGACAACAGAAUCUUCAUCCUCGACUACGGAUGUAACAACAUCUACAGCGAUACCGACUUCUACGUCGGCAGCUUCAACAUCAACAACAGCAAGUCCAUUAACAUCUUCGACAACAGAAUCUUCAUCCUCGACUACGGAUGUAACAACAUCUACAGCGAUACCGACUUCUACGUCGGCAGCUUCAACAUCAACAACAGCAAGUCCAUUAACAUCUUCGACAACAGAAUCUUCAUCCUCGACUACGGAUGUAACAACAUCUACAGCGAUACCGACUUCUACGUCGGCAGCUUCAACAUCAACAACAGCAAGUCCAUUAACAUCUUCGACAACAGAAUCUUCAUCCUCGACUACGGAUGUAACAACAUCUACAGCGAUACCGACUUCUACGUCGGCAGCUUCAACAUCAACAACAGCAAGUCCAUUAACAUCUUCGACAACAGAAUCUUCAUCCUCGACUACGGAUGUAACAACAUCUACAGCGAUACCGACUUCUACGUCGGCAGCUUCAACAUCAACAACAGCAAGUCCAUUAACAUCUUCGACAACAGAAUCUUCAUCCUCGACUACGGAUGUAACAACAUCUACAGCGAUACCGACUUCUACGACGGCAGCUUCAACAUCAACAACAGCAAGUCCAUUAACAUCUUCGACAACAGAAUCUUCAUCCUCGACUACGGAUGUAACAACAUCUACAGCGAUACCGACUUCUACGACGGCAGCUUCAACAUCAACAACAUCAACAACAGCAAGUCCAUUAACAUCUUCGACAACAGAAUCUUCAUCCUCGACUACGGAUGUAACAACAUCUACAGCGAUACCGACUUCUACGACGGCAGCUUCAACAUCAACAACAGCAAGUCCAUUAACAUCUUCGACAACAGAAUCUUCAUCCUCGACUACGGAUGUAACAACAUCUACAGCGAUUCCGACUUCUACGACGGCAGCUUCAACAUCAACAACAGCAAGUCCAUUAACAUCUUUGACAACAGAAUCUUCUUCCUCGACUACUUCAACAUCAACAACAGCAAGUCCAUUAACAUCUUCGACAACAGAAUCUUCAUCCUCGACUACGGAUGUAACAACAUCUACAGCGAUACCGACUUCUACGACGGCAGCUUUAACAUCAACAACAGCAAGUCCAUUAACAUCUUCGACAACAGAAUCUUCAUCCUCGACUACGGAUGUAACAACAUCUACAGCGAUACCGACUUCUACAAUCUUAUUCCUCGACUAGUGAUAAUCUUCAUCCUCGACUACGGAUGUAACAACAUCUACAGCGAUACCGACUUCUACGACGGCAGCUUUAACAUCAACAACAGCAAGUCCAUUAACAUCUUCGACAACAGAAUCUUCAUCCUCGACUACGGAUCAAGUCCAUUAACAUCUUCGACAACAGAAUCUUCUUCCUCGACUAGUGAUGUAACAACAUCUACGGCGAUACCGACUUCUACGACGGCAGCUUCAACAUCAACAACAGCAAGUCCAUUAACAUCUUCGACAACAGAAUCUUCAUCCUCGACUACGGAUGUAACAACAUCUACAGCGAUACCGACUUCUACGUCGGCAGCUUCAACAUCAACAACAUCAACAACAUCAACAACAUCAACAACAGCAAGUCCAUUAACAUCUUCGACAACAGAAUCUUCAUCCUCGACUACGGAUGUAACAACAUCUACAGCGAUACCGACUUCUACGACGGCAGCUUUAACAUCAACAACAGCAAGUCCAUUAACAUCUUCGACAACAGAAUCUUCAUCCUCGACUACGGAUGUAACAACAUCUACAGCGAUACCGACUUCUACGUCGGCAGCUUCAACAUCAACAACAUCAACAACAGCAAGUCCAUUAACAUCUUCGACAACAGAAUCUUCAUCCUCGACUACGGAUUCCAUUAACAUCUUCGACAACAGAAUCUUCAUCCUCGACUACGGAUGUAACAACAUCUACAGCGAUACCGACUUCUACGUCGGCAGCUUCAACAUCAACAACAUCAACAACAGCAAGUCCAUUAACAUCUUCGACAACAGAAUCUUCAUCCUCGACUACGGAUGUAACAACAUCUACAGCGAUACCGACUUCUACGUCGGCAGCUUCAACAUCAACAACAUCAACAACAGCAAGUCCAUUAACAUCUUCGACAACAGAAUCUUCAUCCUCGACUACGGAUGUAACAACAUCUACAGCGAUACCGACUUCUACGACGGCAGCUUCAACAUCAACAACAGCAAGUCCAUUAACAUCUUCGACAACAGAAUCUUCAUCCUCGACUACGGAUGUAACAACAUCUACAGCGAUACCGACUUCUACGACGGCAGCUCCAACAUCAACAACAGCAAGUCCAUUAACAUCUUCGACAACAGAAUCUUCAUCCUCGACUACGGAUAUAACAACAUCUACAGCGAUACCGACUUCUACGACGGCAGCUUUAACAUCAACAACAGCAAGUCCAUUAACAUCUUCGACAACAGAAGCAAUAUCAUCGUCCUCGACUACGGAUGUAACAACAUCUACAGCUAUACCGACUUCUACGACGGCAGCUUUAACAUCAACAACAGCAAGUCCAUUAACAUCUUCGACAACAGAAUCUUCAUCCUCGACUACGGAUGUAACAACAUCUACAGCGAUACCGACUUCUACGACGGCAGCUUUAACAUCAACAACAGCAAGUCCAUUAACAGCUUCGACAACAGAAGCAAUAUCAUCGUCCUCGACUACGGAUGUAACAACAUCUACAGCGAUACCGACUUCUACGACGGCAGCUUUAACAUCAACAACAGCAAGUCCAUUAACAUCUUCGACAACAGAAUCUUCAUCCUCGACUACGGAUCGAUACCGACUUCUACAACGACAGAUAAUUUACUUUGCCUACAGUAUCCCCAACUUCCUCUUUGUCAAACUGCAAAAUCGGAACAUUUUGGAGAAACGGUAUUAAAAACCCCAACAUUUUCAGAAAUCAGAGAAUCGGGCACAGUUUUCAAGCCAGAUCAACAGUUAUUGAUCACAUCAAAGCCUCAGUCUGUGACAUCGCUCUGUUUCUUUUAUCCUCGCCUGUGCUCAAAACCAGAAGAAGCUCAAUUUGUGCGAGUGGCUGAUAAAAAUGGAAAACCCUUACUGCUAAUAUCAUCAGUUGAAGGAAGGUCUCAUAGUCAUGUUCAACCUGCCCUGUGGCGAGCAAUGAAAAGAACCGUCAGAAAAAACAAGAAUUAA